GUCCCAGGGCCGCGAGCGCCUGCCCCCUCCCUCCCCUCCCCCUUGGCCCGCUCUCAGACUCAGAUAAAGCAUUUCCUUCCAUUGUCAUCCUACCCGGCCGGCCGGGCUGCCAGGGCCCUCCCCCUCCCGGCCCCCUCCCUUCCUCUCGCCGUCUCACAGUCGCUCUGCAGCCUCCGGCGACUGGGGGGAUGUGAGGCCGGCGCCCCAGCCCCCCGCCCCGCCAUGAGCCCCCCGCUCUGAGGGCCCCGGCCCCUGGAUGCACAGCCCCAGCGCUGAUGGGACCCAGGUGAGUCCGGGUGCCCGCUGUCCCAGCCCCCCUGGCACAGGCUGCCCCAAACCCCGUGCAGACACGCCAGGCCCUCAGCCCCAGCCCAUGGACCUGCGGGUAGGCCAGCGGCCCACGGUGGAGCCCCCACCAGAGCCCACACUGCUGGCCCUGCAGCGUCCCCAGCGGCUGCACCGUCACCUCUUCCUGGCAGGCCUGCAGCAGCAUCACUCGUCAGAGCCCAUGAGGCUUUCCAUGGACACACCAAUGACCGAGUUGCAGGGCGGGCAGCAGGAUCAAGAGCUGCGGCAGCUUCUCAACAAGGACAAAAGCAAACGAAGUGCCGUAGCCAGCAGUGUAGUCAAGCAGAAGCUGGCGGAGGUGAUUCUGAAGAAGCAGCAGGCAGCCCUAGAGAGAACAGGCCACCCCAAUAGCCCCAGCAUCCCCUACAGAACUCUCGAGCCCUUGGAGACAGAAGGAGCCGCCUGCUCCAUGCUCAGCAGCUUUCUGCCUCCUGUGCCCAGCCUGCCCAGUGACCCCCCAGAGCACUUCCCCCUGCGCAAGACAGUCUCUGAGCCCAACCUGAAACUGCGCUACAAGCCCAAGAAGUCCCUGGAGCGCAGAAAGAAUCCGCUGCUCAGGAAGGAGAGCGCGCCACCCAGCCUCCGGCGGCGGCCUGCGGAAACCCUCGGAGACUCCUCCCCCAGUAGUAGCAGCACACCCGUGUCAGGGUGCAGCUCCCCCAAUGACAGCGAGCAUGGCCCUAACCCUGUCCUGGGCUCGGAGGCGCUCUUGGGCCAGCGGCUGCGGCUGCAGGAGAUUUCUCUGGCCCUGUUCGCCUUGCCGACAGUGUCCUUGCUGCCCGCAAUCACACGGGGGCGUCCUGCCCCUACCAGGGCUGAUGGUGACCGCAGGACCCAUCCAACUCUGGGCCCUCGGGGGCCGGUCCUGGGGAGCCCCCAUGCUCCCCUCUUCCUGCCCCACGGCCUGGAGGCCGAGGCUGGGGGCACCUUGCCCUCCCGCCUGCAGCCCAUUCUCCUCCUGGACCCCUCAGUCUCUCAUGCCUCCCUGCUGACUGUGCCUGGGUUUGGGCACCUGCCCUUCCACUUUGCCCAGUCCUUACUGGCCACCGAGCGGCUCUCCGGGUCAGGCCUCCACCGGCCACUGAGCCGGACUCGUUCAGAGCCCUUGCCCCCCAGUGCCACCGCCCCCCUACUGCUGGGCCCACUGCAGCCUGGCCAGGAGCGGCUCAAACCUCACAUCCAGCUGAUCAAGAGGCCAGCCAAGCCGAGUGAGAAGCCCCGACUGCGGCAGAUCCCCUCGGCUGAGGACCUCGAGACAGAUGGGGGCACAGCGGGGCCGCUACAGGACGACGGCCCAGAGCACAGGGAGUUGAGCCACGCACAGCCCGAAGCCAGAGGCCCUUUUCCUCUCCAGCAGCACCCGCAGGUGUUGCUCUGGGAGCAGCAGCGACUGGCCGGGCGGCUCCACGCGGGAAGCACCGGGGACUCUCUGCUGCUUCCUCUGGCUCCGGGCGGACACCGGCCCCUGUCCAGGACUCAGUCUUCCCCAGCCGCGUCUGCCUCGCUGGCAACCUCAGAGCCCGCCAGCCAGGCCCGAGUCCUCUCCAGCUCAGAGACCCCCGCUGGGAGCCCGCGCUUCACCACAGGGCUGGUCUAUGACUCAGCAAUGCUGAAGCACCAGUGCUCCUGCGGGGACAACAGCAGGCACCCGGAGCACGCUGGCCGCAUCCAGAGCAUCUGGUCCCGGCUGCAGGAGCGGGGGCUCCGGAGCCAGUGUGAGUGUGUCCGGGGCCGGAAGGCCAACCUGGAGGAGCUGCAGUUGGUCCACUCUGAGCGGCAUGUGCUCCUCUACGGCACCAACCCGCUCAGCCGCCUCAAACUGGACAACGGGAAGCUGGCAGGGCUCCUGGCACAGCGGAUGUUUGUGAUGCUGCCCUGUGGUGGGGUUGGGGUGGAUACUGACACCAUCUGGAACGAGCUGCAUUCCUCCAAUGCAGCCCGCUGGGCCGCUGGCAGUGUCACCGAACUCGCCUUCAAAGUGGCUUCCCGUGAGCUGAAGAACGGUUUUGCCGUGGUGCGGCCCCCAGGACACCAUGCGGAUCAUUCCACGGCUAUGGGCUUCUGCUUCUUCAACUCCGUGGCCAUCGCCUGCCGGCAGCUGCAGCAACAGAGCAAAGCCAGCAAGAUCCUCAUUGUGGACUGGGACGUUCACCAUGGCAACGGCACCCAGCAAACCUUCUACCAAGACCCCAGCGUGCUCUACAUCUCUCUGCAUCGCCAUGAUGAUGGCAACUUCUUCCCAGGCAGCGGGGCUGUGGAUGAGGUAGGGGCUGGAAGCGGUGAGGGCUUCAACGUCAAUGUGGCCUGGGCUGGUGGUCUGGACCCCCCCAUGGGGGAUCCUGAGUACCUGGCCGCCUUCAGGAUGGUUGUCAUGCCCAUCGCCCGAGAGUUCUCUCCAGAUCUGGUCCUAGUGUCAGCUGGGUUUGACGCUGCCGAGGGUCACCCAGCCCCUCUGGGUGGCUACCACGUUUCUGCCAAAUGUUUUGGGUACAUGACACAGCAGCUGAUGAACCUGGCAGGAGGCGCGGUGGUGCUGGCCUUGGAGGGUGGCCAUGACCUCACAGCCAUCUGUGACGCCUCUGAGGCCUGUGUGGCUGCUCUGCUGGGCAACAAGGUGGAUCCCCUUUCAGAAGAAGGCUGGAAACAGAAACCCAACCUCAAUGCCAUCCGAUCCUUGGAAGCCGUGAUCCGGGCACACAGUAAAUACUGGGACUGCAUGCAGCGCCUGGCCUCCUGCCCCAACUCCUGGGUGCCCCGGGGACUGAGGGCCGAUUCGGAAGAAGUAGAGGCAGUGACUGCGCUGGCAUCCCUCUCUGUGGGCAUCCUGGCUGAAGACAGGCCCUCAGAGCAGCUGGUGGAGGAGGAGGAACCAAUGAAUCUCUAAGGCUUCGGAACCUUCUGUCUACCCACCCUGCCCUUCGGACCCGGUUCUCUUCUCAUCUCUGGCAAUAGCCCCCGUUCCUGGAUCUUCAGAGAUCCUGAGGGCAGGGGGUCUGGGCCAGAGAACAGCCUGCCUGCCUUGACAGUCACCACAGGGAGGCUGAGAGGGCCCCUGGGUCUAGGACGGGCACCAGAGAGGACCCUGAGAGGAGUUUGGGCAGCCAGGCCCCAGCACAGCUCUCUCAAGAACAGAUCUACCCCUUCGGUGUCUGGGCCCCAGGCGGUGGCCCACGUCCCUCAGGACUGCACAGAGGAGGACUGGCUCGGUCGGGCCCACACUUAACCACUAUUUUUGGCUCUGCAGACCCCAGACUUUGCACACAGCCCCAGGCUCCACACAGAAAUGUGAACUUGGCCUCAGCCAGGGUGGCCCUUCCUAGGCUCUGUGGGCUGGAGGUAGGCAGGGGGCCAAGAGGUCCUGUAUCCCUGAGUACAGGGGGUCCCUCCUCUCACCUGCUUCCUCGGAAGACUCUGGAAGCUUCCCUGCAACACUGGGCACUGAGACGAAGCUCCCCCUGAGAGCAGCUGUCAGCAGAGCUCCAUCUGGUCCCUGCCCCCGCCGGAGGCCGCCCUGCAUUGACCAUCUCGGCCCUGGUGGAGCAGACAGGUGCUCUUGGAGUCCUGGGCUUCCUGAUCCAAUGGUGCCAAACCCUUCAUCUCCCAUCAGAAGCACAGUGUGACCCCCAGGGACCCCCCAGAUGCUGCUCCCUCCAUGAGCCUUGUUUCUGGGGUCUCCCCCCAGCUCUCACUCCUGUCCCAUGUGGGACUAGCCUGGCUGUGGGGGAGGAGUUGGAGAGCGGACACAAGACGCAGGAGGGGAGGCUGCCCUGGCAAAGUCUUCAAGGCUUUUGGGGGCCAGGCCUGGGGCCAAGAAGGAAAGCGUUUGUGCGUAAGCGUGUGCGAGUGAGGAGUGUGCGUGUGCGUGUGCGUCUUCCCCAGGACUCACCAUACCCUGUGUAUGUAUGCAUGUUUUUGUAAAAAAGGAAAAAAGGAAAAAAAAAUGGAAAAAAAAUCUGAAUAAAUGUUUUAUUUGCUUUAAAAGUGCCUGUGAAA